AUGUUUAGCCUCACACCGCGGCAGUCGAUGCAGUCGGUUCUCCAGUCCAGUGGCCGGAACAGCUCUGUACGCACGAGCUCGGCGUCGUCGUCCUUUGUCUCCACGGCCUACGGCAAUUACCAGAGCGGCGGCAGCUCUCGCAACGUGGACGAGUCGCUCGUGCCGUCGUUCGAGGCGCUGAAUCCGUACGCGGCAGUUGGACGCAGUAUGACGGGCGACGACAAGCGCUGGCAGCCCGUGCCGGACUUGUUCCACUCGAAAGAGUCGCUGUACUUUCGCUCGGCAGUGGGCAAAGUGCUCAAAAUCGCGCACGAAGACAUUUCUCCAGCCGAGUUGGAAGUGCGUGCGAAUACGCCUGAGUUUAAAGUGGAAGAAGGCGACUGGAUUGCCCACGAUUCGAAUCAGAAGAACCAGUUUGCAUUGAUUACGCCGUUGAAGACCGUGGCUCGAAUCCCUGCGAACCUGGUGAUUUCGGAUAAACCCGUUUCGUUAACACAGCCAAUUAGCAACCAUAUGGGUGGUUACUUGCGCAAGAAAGGAGAGAAAAACAAGGCGUUUAAAAAGCGGUACAUGGCGUUGAAUGGCAGUGUGCUGGCUUAUUACAAGAAGAAGCCCGAGAAGAAUGGUAUUCCACUGAGUCGCGAUGAGAAAAAGACAUUGGAGAGAGGACGGAUUGACUUGGACCGAGUGUCGUCGUUGCAACCCAUGGAUUCCAAGACAGAACCGUACGGCAUUCUUUUGGUCACGACGGCGCGUACAUGGGCGAUUUGCGCGGAUUCAGAACCCGAGUACCAGCGAUGGUUGAAAGGACUUUGUGACGUCGUGAAGUUCAGUGCAGUUCACGUCACGUACAAGCGCAUGUUUCAAUUGCAGGAAGUGAGCGCGAAAGCCAUCACUGAUGUCCGGAUGGUUGUUACGACAGGGGAUACAGUAGGACAGAUUGUGGAGCACAUUUUCAAUUGUUACGAGCAGGCCUUGGAUGCCGCACCAUUGAGACCGUACAAUCCAGCAGAGUACCGACUGAAGAUCACUGGAUACCGUGACUAUAUGAUCGACAGGUUCCGCGUGCUGAACGAAUACGUGCACGUUCGUGAGUGUCUAUUGACGAAGAAAACUAUCCGAUUGACUGUGAUUCACGAGUCGGUUAUCCAAGAGACUGCUAUGAUGAACUUGAGUAUUGGCAGAGAUUUCGCGAGUAGCACUGGGCUCAUGGACAACAUUGUGAGCCAAUUUUCGGAUAUGUUUGAUGGUGAGCGGGCAACAUCGUUGCAGAUGACAACUCUUGGUGAUGAAUGGGAACGUCCUUCAAUCGACCGUAAUCCGUCGCUACCUAGUGGUAUCAUCCAACAACCGUUUGCUGUUCGUAUUCGCCGGGUACUGAACAUUCCUCGCACAACAUGCGUGAGAAAGCGGUCAAGUGAAGAAGCUAUUGUGACUAAAGUCCCUUUGAUGAGCUCGGGUGUGAUUGUUCGCAUUGAGCUGUACGAUGGUGGUCAACUGCUGGAUAAUGCUGUAAUCGAUACGACUGAUGUGCGAUUGAAAGCCCAGCGCAACAAUCUGUUGUAUGCCGAGUGGGAAGAUGCCGUGUGGCACAAGUUCAACAUUGAUAUCUGCAACAUCACGCGCACGACCCGAGUUCAGCUUACCGUUUCGGGUGUGAAAAAAGUGGUUGGGAGCUCAACAUCCAGCAUAGAUGUCAUCGAAGAAAGGAUGCUCGUGACCGGCGUGAACGUGUUCGAAGUGGAUGAUACACUUACGCAGGGGCAACAGUAUGUGCACAUGUACAACAACCUGCAUUCUUGCGUUCAGGGCCCGGUGCCUCACGUUGCACUGCCAAACGAGCCCCUGAUCCAGAUUGAGUUUUCCAAGUUUGAUGCACCGAUCAAAUUCAAUUGGAACGACGAUGAGAGAUCAUCACUGAAUGACCGUUCUCAGCGCCGCAGUUUCGUUGCGAGCAGUCGGUCUGUGAUGCUGCGGAAAGAAGGGUGGCUCCAGAAAGUGGGCAAUUUCUCGUCUUUGACUCGAUGGCGUCGUCGUUGGUUUGUCGUGGAUCAAAGCACUUGUACGCUUAGUUACGCCGAUGACGAGACCGCUCCUCGUAAAUUGAUCACGCUGCGCAAUUGCUCAGUGAUGACCGCAGAUGACAUGAAUCAAAAGUUUACGACAGCGCCUGUCAACAAAGGGACCCGAAAAAUUCGCCAGACGUGGUGCUUUAAGGUGCGACCCAUGGGCUCGUCUCGUGACUACAUCAUUUCUGCUGAAACGAAACAAGAUCGGGAGGAAUGGAUGCUUGCGAUCUUGACCGUUUCCAAGAAUGACUCAAGCAUCAGUGACCUUCCAGGUGGCCAUGGGGGCUUGGAGGAUUCGGGUGUGCCAGAUCCUGUCACGGAGAGCCCCCGCGCGGAAGAAAAUAGUGAUCUCCUCGACGGCAAGUAUAUUCUAGAGAGUAUCGCUCAAGACCGGCGCGAUUCGACCUCUCGCUGUAGUGGUCACAGCGCGUCUCAGCAUGAGUCUGCCCAGCUAAACGAACUACGCAAGCUCAUUUUGCUAGAUCCACUGUACCGGUUCAGUCCGUACCAAAAGGAGCAGCUGUGGAUGCACCGCGAAGAAUUUAUUGACAUACCAGCUGCUCUCCCACGCAUCCUUUCAUGUGUCCAUUGGGAUGAUCGCGAUGAGUGUGACGAGGCACUGACAUUGCUUCCACGCUGGUCCGUUCCUGACCACCAAGCCGCUUACAUUGAGCUCUUGAAUGGUGAGUUCGCGAAUGAAGGUGUUCGCUCGUUCGCUGUAAUGAAGCUUGGCCAAAUGGCUGAUACGACAUUCAGCUACUUCUUGCCUCAGCUUGUGCAGGCAAUUAAGUUUGAGAACCACCACGUUUCUCCCCUAUCGAUGCUGCUUAUAGAACGGGCCAUUAAGAAUCCGAACCAGAUCGGGUUCGAUCUCUUCUGGAGUAUGAAGGUGGAGGCGCACAACGACCAGUACCGUGAACGAUACGGUACAAUUCUGAACGCAUACUUGGACGUCUGCAGCUCAAAGAUGCGUGCUAUCCUGAAACUGCAGGACAAGCUUUUCGCGGAGGGUGGAAUGCUCGAGCGCAUAUGCCAGAGCGUGAAGGCAAAAAGGAAGGACGGCGCAGCUGAAAUGAAACGCGCGAUGCAGCAGGGUCUGGAUGCGCUGAAUGAGCUUCUGCCAGGUUCAUUUCAGCUGCCGCUUGAUCCUCGUAUUGAAGUGGGCAAGAUCAUUGUUAGCAAGUGCCGUGUCAUGGAUUCUGCGAAGAAGCCGUUGUGGUUGGUAUUUGAGAAUGCAGAGGAGGGAGGCGACCCUGUCGCAGUAAUGUUCAAGGCAGGGGACGAUGUCCGUCAAGAUUGCUUGACGCUACAAUUGAUUCGUUUGAUGGACGAGAUGUGGCGAGACGAGGGCCUUGAUUUGGCGAUGGAGCCGUAUCGAUGCGUUGCGACAUCGCCAAUGACUGGCAUUCUUCAGAUGGUGCCGAACUCGGUUACGACAGCUGAGGUGCACCGGCGUGACGGUAUGAUGGGAACGUUUAAGGAUCCCAGUUUCUCUGACUGGAUUCGCGCAAACAAUCCUGAUCCAAGGAGUCGCAAGGCUGCUGUUGACCUUUUCGGCCGCUCUUGCGCUGGUUACUGUGUAGCAACUUGUGUCCUUGGCAUCGGUGAUCGGCAUAACGACAAUAUUAUGAUUUCGUCAUCGGGCCGGUACUUCCACAUCGACUUUGGCCACUUUCUCGGCCACCUCAAGUACUACAAGCUGGGAAUUCGUCGCGAGCGAACCCCUUUCGUGUUUACAAACGAAAUGGCGUACGUGCUAGGUGGUGUGGAAGGAAAGGACUUUGCAAAGUUUGUUGAUACAGCGUGCACGGCGUACUGCGUGCUACGGAAACAAAUGCACCUUCUGGUGUCGCUGUUGCUGCUGAUGGUUCCGGCGGACAUGCCCGAGUUGACAGGUCGGGAUGACAUUAAUCACAUUGUGACGACGCUGGCGCCCGAAGUAUCGGACGAUCGCGCUCGUGAGUCGUUUGAGCAAACGAUUCAUUUCUGUCUCGACAGCCGGUUCAAGCGCUUUGACAACUACUUGCACAACAUUGCCCACGCCUUUGGAUAG